GUCCAUUAUCUGCAACUGCACGACGAACCAACAUGUUUCAUCAAUAUGUACUGUCGAUCUCCAGCAUGGGAAGCCGACUAAACCACCAGGCCGCCAAGUUGCCGUGCGAUCUUGAAUAAUUUUCGGAAAAGGCGAAGUCAUGGGUUGCCGUCUCAUGUAGCUGUGUAAUCCUUGUUCGCUGGCUGAGUCUGGAGGUAACCUGGAUAGGGUGAUCAAAAUCAAGGGUGGCAGGCCUCAACAGCAGAUUCCGGGUUGCUCGCAAGAUUGAUAAAUUAUAUAAGAGACUGGGUACUGCAACAUAUUAUUGUGGAGUGUAUAUCCAUAAGUCAAAAUCCUGCUUAUACAGCCUGGCCUUGUAUCACGUCUAUCAUUUAGCCUCAAUCGAGUACUCGAAUCCACCUCGUUGGCAGGGAGUUCUCAUAGUUUUGUUCUCAGCCAUGAGUGAUGCACCAGAACACGACAUCUCUCUCGAUUCAGUGGCGAUGGAUGAGUUGAGCAGCCCAAUGGCAAGGGCUCUGCUUGACACCGUCGAUAAUCUCCGGGAGCUUCAGAUCGGCGAGAUUGUCAACUUGCCUCAAAUCAUCGUGGUUGGCGACCAAUCUUCGGGUAAGAGCUCCGUACUUGAAGCUCUUUCGAAUGUCCGGUUCCCCACUAAGGGCGACCUUUGCACCCGCUUUGCCACCGAGCUUGUGAUGAGGUACGCCCCAGAGACGAAGAUUGAUGUUAGGACUGACCCUGCCGGCGGUGGCUCUUCUCAAAAUUUCAAUCGUACCACCUUCAACAAAGAUGCUUUGCCUGAAAUCAUCAGAGAGGCCACAGAAAACAUGGGAAUUCACCCGGGAAGCUCAAAAGGCUACUCUCAGGACGUCUUACGCGUGGAAAUUGCAGGACCUCAUGUCUACCCACUCACACUUGUCGAUCUGCCGGGCUUUUUCCAUUCUGAGACGGAAGAACAGACACAAGAGGGCAAGGAGAUUGUUCAGCAGCUCGCCGAACGUUACAUGAAGCAGCCAAAAAGCAUUAUCCUAGCUGUUAUAGCGGCGAACAACAACCUAGCCAAUCAGAUCGUUGUUGAGGAGGCCAGAAGGCAUGAUCCCAAAAGGGAGCGUACGCUCGGUGUGAUCACGAAGCCCGAUCUUGUAGCACCGGGAUCACAAGAUGAGAGGAAGUGUCUGCAACUGGCCAGAGCUCAGGAGAGCGUGCACAAGCUGAAGCUUGGCUGGUAUGUUCUGCGUAAUCGACCCGAAGGAAAAGAGGAGAUGAGUGCAGACGACAGAGAUGCUGAUGAGGAAAGAUUUUUCCAGACGGGUGCGUGGUCCAACAUUUCUCCAAUCAGCCGUGGUAUCACUCCAUUACGGAAGAAGCUCAGCAAGGUCCUUCUUGGACACAUUCAAAAGACACUACCUGGCUUGAUCCAGGAUAUUGAGAACAAUUUAUCCGCACGCAAACGAGCUCUUGAUCAACUUGGAAAGCCUCGCUCAGAACCUGAAGACCUAAGGACAUACCUACUCGAGAUCACAGAGAAAUUUCAGCGUCUUCUACGUGACGGUACUGAAGGUCGCUACAAUGACGAGUUCUUUGGCGAUCUUCAUACCGACUGCGAGACCCGCAAAUUACGGGCUGUACUCAGGAUGUUGAACCGUGCUUUUCACGCAACGCUGGCCACUAAGGGGGUGGAUCGCAUGGUUGAAUGGGAAGACGACGAAAGGAAUCUACUUUACGAUCGUGUCUUUCCAGGUGUGCUGGGCGGCAUACCCGAGUAUCUAGAGUCAUAUCUCGACCUCUUCGACGGAUUUCCCGAACCUAGUGUUAUUUCUGAGAUGGAUCUCCAUGACGAGCUUGGACACCUGGCAGCGGCUAAUCUGGGAAGUGAGUUUCCAGGUCAGCCAAAUGGAAAUCUUAGUUUACAGCUCUUCAAGAUGCAAAUACGGCCAUGGGACGGCAUCGCCAAAUUCUAUCUUGAUCAAGUCAUCGAUUUUGUCAAGUCUUUCGUAGAACAACUGUUCCUUCACCUCAUCGGAGGAGACAAGCAAACUUCCAAUGCCAUUUUGUUGUUCUGCGUCGACCAAUUCUUUCACGAUAAGAAGCAAGUUCUCAAGGAUAAGCUACAGGAAGUUCUCAGGCCAUAUAAAUCUGCAUACGGUCCACCGCUUGACGUAGAAUUUCAUACUACGUUCGUAUCAACGACAGUAGGCCGUGAGGCAGGGCGUAUUGCAAGCCUACUUGAAGAGAAAUUCCCGGCUGCAUUCGUCGAGAAGGGAGGGAAGGGUCUUGUUCGCGAUCAUGUUGAACAGGCUCUUAAACAUUCAGAGAAAGCUAGUGCCAGUGAAUUCGGCAUUGAGAAAGUUGUCGACUUGACGAUGACACACUUUCAAAUAUCCCUCGGAACAUUUGCCCAGAACGUGGUGAAUUUAGCUGUUGAGAACUGCCUGAUCUCCGAUCUUCCAAACAUUCUCACACCAUCUAUGGUCAUCGAGAUGAGCGAUGAACGCUUAAAGAUGCUUGCUUCCGAGUCAGAGGAUAUCCAGGCAGAGCGGUAUACCCUUCAGCACGAGGUCAACAUACUCAUAUCCGGCCUGAGAAAGUGUUCACAAUGUCGACCUCACCAGAGAACAGUGCUUCCCAAAGCCUUCACAAGCUUUUCCCCCACAACCUUGAGUCAAUCGUCAGCGUCCAGUGAUACCUCAUGAUUGCUUCCCAUAGAUAAAUCGGGAAACAGUGAAGUAGGCCCCUCUAAGCUCUACAGGGCCGUAGGUGCUCUUUAUCGCAAAAUUAGGCAAAGUUUUCUCUUUAAAAUUAAUGUAUUCUAUUAGUAUAAACUUAGCUCGUUAUCUUGUUUAUAAUUAUUAAACCAGGACCACUGUCUUGUCCCUUGGUUAUGGGCCUCACGAUGAGCUCACAGGC